CGGAGCAUCCAUUACAAGUCUAUCCAGACCAUACGCACAGCGGCAGAGUUCGAAGAGAAAGCAGCGCGUAAGAGGAAACAAUCGUCUUGGGCUAUGGCGACACUCCUCCAGUUUCCAUCCAACAUACUCUUCUUCCAUACUCUCCAAACCCGAAGGGAAGAUAUUGUUCAAUCCAGACAAAGUUGGCCUGUAGAUGCAAAAGGAGGACGGCUGAUUUCUUUUUAUUGCUCCAAAAUGAAUUUUCAGGCACCAUAUAAAUUUUCAAACGGUUCCUCGUCAAAACAAAAGCUUCCUACAAGGUUUUUGAGGGAUAAGAAGUUGGCUUUUGAUGCAGAUCCCCCUGCCCUAAAGGACAUUGAUCAUUCAUACCAUAUUUUGGAACAAAGUGCUCAUGUGACCCAAAAACCCAUACUAGGAAGCAGCCACUUGUGCACAAGUCCACUCCUUUACCCAAGCAGGAGAGCUCUGAAUGUUUCAAUUAUCUCACUGUUCUUGUAUGGAUUUUCACCAAGCAUUUGUGAGGCCGUUUUUGCUGAAGAGUUGGAGCUUGAGAGAUACACAGAUUCAAAGGAGGGCUUUACUCUUCUUCGACCAUCUUCUUGGGUUAAGGUUGAUAAAGCAGGGGCAACAGUUUUAUUUGAAGAGGAGAAUAAAGGAAGCAACAAUGUUGGUGUUGUAGUAAACCCGGUUCGUCUUACAAGUCUUGGGGAGUUUGGAAGUCCUCAGUUCGUGGCUGACAAACUUAUACAGGCUGAAAAGCGAAAGGAAAGUACAAAGGAUGCAGCAGUGGUUGGUGCUGCAGAGAGAUCUGGUGAGGGAGGUCUACAAGUGUACGAGUUCGAGUACACGGUCGACAGCACUAGAGGAGGGAUGAAGCGGGUUUUUUCCGCUGCUUUUGUGGCUUCUAAGAAGCUCUACAUCCUUAACAUAUCUCACUCUGACAAACCAGAGAGCCCUCUUGAUUCACAGAGAAGAAAGAUGUUGGAGCAGGUUCUUCAUUCCUUUGAUGCAGCUCCUUCCUCCUGAAAGAUCAUCAGUUCAUGCUCUCCCUCCUCCAAACUAACUCAUUUUCAUUCUGUCUCUGCUUUGCUUUCCAUGCCACCAUGGGGCUUCCAUUUUCUCUCUCUAAUUAAUAUAUAUAAAGUUUGUUUCUUCCUAUUC